AUGCGCAUACGCAUCAAGUCUAGCUUGCAGGACUUGCAAGUCAAGUGCUGGUGGGAGAUAUCACCUGAAGACUCGGAUAAAACUGUCAGCGAGCUGAUCCAGGACUUGCAGGAAGCUCUAUCUAUUCAGCUACCUUUGACAUCGCUCGAGCUUCAAUUGGAUGGAUAUAUAUUGAUGCCGCAGUCUAGAGUACUGGGCCUGCUUAGAGAAGAUGACACAGUCGUGUUGCGUCAAGCUCUACAAUCUAUACGACCAAUCAAGGGCAAUGUGGCCGAUGAACCUGGACAGCUACAGCUGCAAGCUCCUCAUCCCAACGAGCUAGAUACGCUGGUCAACGCUGUACAGCAUCUCACAAAGACUCUUGAGUCAAAUCAACACAAGGACUUGGGGUGGCAAGAGCCCAGUACGCAAGUGAUUGCCCAAUCCAAUACUCCAAGAGACGAAGCUGAUUCAUCCGACAGCACCAGCAGUAGUGCUUCAAGUUCCUCUUCCGAUAGCAGCUCAGAUACGAGCAGCGACGAGCCUGAUGCAGAGCCACCCAAGAAGAAGCUUGCUAUGGCUGAUCAUGACGAUCAAGUCAAUGGUAUACCCUUUGAAGGCACAUCUCGCACCGCCAAACGUAAUGAUCGCCGUCGCAAAAGUAGACUCUUGCAAUCACUUGUACAGGCAGGAGAGCUGCGCAAAGGCUCGACAUUCAAAGAUCUUGACCGUUGGCAUGUAUACAACUAUGGUUCAAAAUCCUUUGGUAUGCAGAGGGCUGACAAGUCGGAUGGUGAAGUCAGUGAGCAAGAUGAAUCACCGUCGGAGUACAGCGUACGUGGAGAAACCAAUGAUCAGGCCAUUGUCAAACCUCAAACGAUACCCCUGCCAACAGCCAAUCUCCCAGCGCCAUGUCUAGCAUCCCCUGAGCCUGAUUGGGAGUGCUUUUUGAGCGUCAAACGGAUAGAAUGCGAGGACGAGUAUACUGAAGAAGACUUACCUGUCAUGCAAUACGUGGAGCAUCAGUACGUGCAGAUGGAGCCUCGCGGCAAGAAACGCAAGCGAAAGCAAGCCAAGGCCCCUUACAGACUACCGGCCGCAGAGGACAAUGACGAGUUCAAUGCAGAUCUAUAUGGAGAACCCACCACACUCGAUGCGCACCCUGUCGAGUCUAUGGAUGACGCUGUGGCUGCUAGCCAACUCACCGCUGACGACCUACCUGCCUUGCCGCUCAACUUGCAUACAUUGCAACCACUCAAUGCAAAUUCAGCUGAACUGCGCGAGAUUGGUCGCAUCAUUGCCUUUCGGCAACUCGUCAUGGUCAAUUACGAACCUCAAGAGUCAGACUACAAGACCGGCAAGAUAGUAGAGACGGACGGGUCAUUUAUUAAGCUGCAGCUUGCGAAGCGGGAUGUCGAACCGACGCAGUAUGACUACGAUGGCAAUAGGAUCUUGGGGAAAUUUGAAGUCGAAGGCGAGGAGGUUGAGACGGAGGAAGGAUAUUGCUGGGUCGACACGGUCGAGCUCAUCGACCCCUUGCUACUCCAGUGA